AUGCCUCCCACCGCCUCGCCCACCCCCUCCGUACUCCUCUCCCUCCUGUUCCUCCUCCCCCUUCUCCCCCCAUGCCAACCAGAAUCCCAACGCAGUGACGCUGGUGAGAUGGACGGCGGCCUGGACCCACGAGGGGUCUCCCCCUCCAUAUUUUCCGCCUCCCAUCCCCCCUCCCCUGCAUCCUAUGGUAACAGCACAGCACUGGGCAUCAGCGGGAAAUGCGAGGAUGAGACAGUGUGCAAGCCGGGGAUCCUGCUGCCCGUCUGGCAGCCCUUGAACCCUGGCCUUGGUUACCAGGUGGCCCGGGCCAUCGUCUACUUUCUGUCGCUCAUGUACAUGUUCCUGGGUGUGUCCAUCAUAGCCGACCGCUUCAUGGCCUCUAUAGAGGUCAUCACCUCACAGGAGAAGGAGGUGACCAUCACCAUGCCUAAUGGUGAGACAUCAGUAGCGACAGUCCGCAUAUGGAAUGAGACGGUUUCCAACCUGACACUCAUGGCUCUGGGCUCCAGCGCUCCUGAAAUACUGCUGUCUGUCAUAGAGGUGUGCGGUCACAGCUUUGAAGCUGGCGAACUGGGCCCAGGGACCAUCGUGGGCAGCGCCGCCUUCAACAUGUUUGUGAUCAUUGGCCUCUGCGUGUGGGUCAUCCCCGAGGGAGAGACCAGGAAGAUCAAACACCUGAGGGUGUUCUUCAUCACUGCCUUCUGGAGCAUCUUCGCCUACAUCUGGCUCUACCUGAUCCUGUCCGUCAUCUCGCCGGGCGAGGUCGAGGUGUGGGAGGCCCUGGUUACCCUGAUGUACUUCCCGGUGUGUGUGAUCCUGGCCUGGAUUGCCGACCGCCGUCUGCUCUUCUACAAGUACAUGGGGAAGCGUUACCGUGCUGACAAGCGCCACGGCAUUGUCGUGGAAACCGAGGGUGACCUGACACCCAGCAAGGGCGGCGUGGAGAUGAUCAUGGACGGCAAGUUCCCAGCACGGGGGGGUGCUGUUAUGCCCGCCGAGAACUACAGGGGUGCCCAGGAUGGCGCCCUGGGCGCCGCAGCCAAUAACAUCGGGGCAGCAGCAGGGGCCAUGGCAACCGUAGCCGGGGCAACCCUGCCCAACUCCAACAGCACGGCAGUCAACAUGGAGAACACCAAGGAGCUGGAUGAAAGCCGCAAGGAGGUGAUCCGAAUCCUGAAGGAGCUGAAACAGAAGUACCCUGACAAAGAGCUGGACCAGCUGGUGGAGUUAGCCAACUACUACGCCUUGCUGCACCAACAAAAAAGCAGGGCCUUUUAUCGCAUACAGGCUACUCGUAUGAUGAUCGGUGCCGGUAACGUGCUGAAGAAGCACGCGGCAGACCACGCCCGGCGGGCGGUGGUGACGGACGAGGAGGCACCAGAGGAGGACGACAUCGCAGAGUGCAGCCGUAUCGCCUUCGAGAGCACCCACAGCCAGUGCAUGGAGAACUGUGGCGUGCUGACACUGGCCGUGGUCUGCCAAGGGGGCCUUGGAGAGAGCACCUUCUAUGUGGACUACAGAACAGAGGACGGCUCGGCCAACGCUGGGUCAGACUAUGAGUACAGCGAAGGGACCCUGGUGUUCAAACCUGGAGAGACACGCAAGGAGAUAAAGGUCGGCAUCAUCGACGACGACAUCUUCGAGGAGGACGAGCACUUCUUCGUGCGCCUGCUGAACCUGCGGGUCGGCGACGCCGAGGGGAUGUUCGAGAGCGAUGAGGUGGGCGCCGCCCCCAAGGGCCGCCUGACGGAGCCCCUGGUUGCCACGGUGACCAUCCUGGACGACGACCACGCGGGCAUCUUCACCUUCAGCGAGCGCAUGAUGCGGGUGAGCGAGAGUGUGGGCACCAUGGAGGUGACGGUGGUGCGGAACUCGGGCGCCCGAGGCACCGUCGUCUUACCGUACCACACCGAGUCCGGCACGGCCAAGGCCGGGGAAGACUACGAGGAUGCCUGUGGCGAGCUGGAGUUCACCAACGACCAGACCACUCAGACCCUGCAGGUGAGGAUAAUUGAUGAUGAAGAGUACGAAAAACAUGAGAACUUCUACAUUGUCCUGGAGGAACCCCGCUGGCUCAAGAGAGGAAUCUCAGCUCUGCUACUCAGCCAAGACGCUACAGAGGGGCAGAUGAGUGCCGAGGAAGAGGAGGCCAGGAGAAUAGCUGAGAUGGGGAAGCCCAUACUUGGGGAGCACAGCCGGCUGGAGGUGGUCAUCGAGGAGUCCUAUGAGUUCAAGAGCACAGUUGACAAGCUCAUUAAGAAGACCAAUCUGGCGCUGGUUAUCGGGACCCACUCCUGGAGGGAACAGUUUGUGGAGGCUGUCACCGUCAGCGCAGGUGACGGAGAUGAUGACGAGGAGGGCCGUGAGGAGCAUCUUCCGUCUUGCUACGACUACGUCAUGCACUUCCUGACCGUCUUCUGGAAAGUUCUGUUCGCCUGCGUGCCGCCCACUGAGUACUGGAAUGGCUGGGCCUGCUUCUGUGUCUCCAUCACCGCCAUCGGCCUCCUCACCGCCAUCAUAGGGGACCUGGCGUCUCAUUUCGGCUGCACCGUGGGGCUCCGGGAUACUGUGACGGCCGUGGUGUUUGUGGCCCUGGGAACCUCCAUACCAGACACCUUUGCCAGCAAAGUGGCAGCCACACAAGACCAGCAUGCCGACGCGUCCGUGGGGAACGUCACCGGCAGCAACGCCGUCAACGUGUUCCUGGGCAUCGGCGUGGCGUGGUCGGUCGCUGCCGUCUACUGGAAGUUCAAGGGGAAGCCGUUCCACGUGGACCCAGGUUCACUGGCCUUCUCCGUCACCCUCUUCACCAUCUUCGCUUUCAUCAGCAUGGGCGUGCUGCUGUUCCGGCGCCGGCCCUCCAUCGGCGGGGAGCUAGGCGGGCCGAAGAUGUCACGCAUCCUAACCAGCCUGCUGUUCCUGGGCUUGUGGUUCCUCUACAUCCUGUUCUCCAGCCUGGAGGCCUACUGCCACAUCGAGGGCUUCUAG